GCCGCAACGCUAACGACAAACACUUGCCCGGACCCGAUGCGAUAAUUGGCCGGCACGAUGAGAUGGUUUAAACGAUCGACCGAGUCGCCGAAACUGCUCAGCCUGUCCCCGCUGCGACACUCCGAGUCCGGGAAUGUCUACGGCGGUAAUGAACCGUCCGGGCUGUUGCUCCUUCACGAUCACGAUCGCCCCACCGGGGCAACGAUCCGGCGAAGAAGUGCGGGCGAUGGGGGUGGAGUUUUUGGGAUGAACCCAGCCGGUGAUGGGCACGAGGAGCUGCUGGUACCGGCUGUUGGGUUAUCCAACUCCCCGUCCAGUGCUUCCACCACGUCCGGUUCGUCCGGUUCGAGUGGAUCCUCUCCGUCGACCACCAACUCGUCCAGCUCGUGUACCUCCAGCAGCUCUCCGUUUUCCUACACCAGUGACAGCAAGUGUAGCAGUGGCAGCAAUGGUGGUGGUGGUGGCGGAUGUAAAAUACUUCAGUCCGGAACUGCCACAACGCCAAGGAAAUCCCGUAUAGAUCUGUCUCCCGUCAACUGGGCAAAGCGCACCGGAUCGUCCGGCAUCAACUGCUACAGCAUCGAGGAAGGGCGGGUUAUCGAGCGUCCGAAAGGUCGUUACAUUUCACCGAUACGCAUCAAAAACAAGCAGCAAGCGAUCGCGAACGCAGCAACAACUGGCAGCAGCACACCGGCCCCCACUACCGGCCACACACAUCCAUGCACACCCGCCACGACGACGACCACGCCAGUAUCGCGUCGAAUACUGCAACUGAGCCGAUCGAUCGGCAAUAUUGUCGAUACGAUCGAGAGCCGUAGCCCGUCCCUCAGCCAACGGUCGAUACCGUACCGGGAGAAGAAGAAUCCACUCGGCAGCACGCGCCUGUCUUGCUACCAGCCGAUCAGUCUCGAAACGCGAACGGCGACGGAAGAGGACGGCAAGGAACAGCCAGAUCGGAAGCAUGGUGCCACAACGGUGGUCGGUGGUAGCAGUGCAACGCUACGAGUGCAAAAAGUGCGACAUCCGCUCUACAAGUCGGUGGACGAUUUAAUCUUUCUCGGUUCUACCGGUGACGUUAUCGUACCUGUGACGCCAUCGGACGCACGCGCAACAUCCAGCAUAGCGUCAGAAGCGACUGCGACACAAACCGACACAGCAGCCCAACUGCAACAAAGCACCCUGCACCGAUUAGCGUCCCAAGCGACGACGACGUCUGAUACGAGACGGAACCACCAACACCAUCUGAAGCGCGCUAUCACCGUCGAUGUGGGCAGCAGUGCUCCUAAUUCCGCAGCCCCUACCGAUCGACGCUUAUCAUUCCCACAGAGCACGGAGCGCUCCACCACUCGAACGGUGGCAGCUGAGCGUGACGCACUUGGGCCUGCGACAGCGGCACAGAGUGGUCCAGCUAGCGAACUACCAAAGAACGACGAAGUAACGACGGAGUCAAGCAUGAUCAUGAUGGAUCCUGCCGAUCACGAUGAAACGUACGGCUUUGCGCAAAUGCGCUCAACACUCGGCCCGAUCGAGGCCGCGUAUCGGUUGCGGUUGGAGGCGCUCAAGCAGGAAACCGCAAACGGUGAACUCUCGUCCAGCAACUCGUCCACGUUCAAGACGCCAAAGAAGAAGGACAACUUUACCAACAAAAUACGCGCGAUGUCCGAUCGCACGCAGAAGCUCUUCUCGCGCAUCUACUCCACCAACAACGGUGGCGGUGGUACGAGUGGACAGAAGGGUUACCACCUUUCGGCUACCAAGUCACUCAAGAAGUCCACGGGAAAGCUGUCGGAAGCGAGCCGCCGAAGCGUAAGCUACGGUGCGCUGCCCGGGUUGGCCGAUUUCCAGAAGAACGUUUCCAAAGAGCAGCGGGACGAUGUCUACGAGGAUGUGGAGAAGCAACCGGACACAGUCCCACCGGUCAAGCAACAGCAUCCGAUCGAUGAUCUCGAUACGGAGCUGCUGGUUAGUGGUGGAACAGUGAUCGCGAUCGGUGGUAGUACCGGUCACACGGAUGCAGAGGAUGGCGAUUCGGGUAUUCUCGUGAACGAAUCCGGUGCCUCCUCCAUCCUCGAGACGGACGAUGUGUUUCACGAACAGGGUGCCAGAAUACCGAACAUACCGACCAAGGUGCUGAACGGUAGUGUGGCAGAGUCGCAGGAGUUUAAGCUGGUCACUAUACGGUUGGACGAACCGGUGGAAUUGGAGGCAGAAACGGGUACAGAAGAUGGAAGUGGUUUGGGUAUUAUCAUCACCCCGAUUGCCACCACGGAGGGUGAGGUCAGCAAUCGCUACAAGGUAGCCCACGUUUUGCCCGGAGGACUUGUUUGCAGGGAAGGUUCGAUUAAGCCGAACGAUGAAAUUGUCAACAUCCUCGGGAAGCGACUGCGUGGUUUGUCGAUGCGUCAGGUGCAGGAGUUGCUCAAUAGUUGUGCACGACGCGGUACUGGCCGCACUAGCAUCGAUCUUGUCAUUUGUCGCAGCAGGGCAAAUGGCAUCGAUCACCAAGACGACGACGACCACCACCAUCAGCACCAACAGCAGCAGCAAAGACCACCGUCCGUUAAUAGACGGUUGUUCCGCAAUAGCCGCAAGAUAUCGCUCGACUCGUACUUGGAAGAUGAACGACCGGAUCACAGUGGAAGCGAGACAGGUUCCGAGCAGGACACUACCAACUACACGUCGAUUGCUAUCAAAAUCGACGGUAACAAGUACAACACGCUCGGAACUCCCCGGCGUUCGAAGCAGCCACUCUCGAUGGUUUACAAACAGCAGCAACAGUCCCAACAGUCUCAGCCACCUUCCUUAAGCACUGUCGUAACCUGCGAUGGUAUCCCCGGCACGGAAGUGGACUCGCAGCCACCCUCGCUCGACUGCGCCAAGCGUCGUUCGUUCACCAAAAACGUUACCCCCACGCAACCAUCCAACACGUCCUCGAAAGUCGUCCGCCGAUCGCUUGUUGGCAAGCAGUCCAACAAUCUUCCACAAACUCCACCACUCGUCACAACGGCCCGCAGUACGAUGAACCUGUGCGACGACGAAAAGCUGGAACUGCACGCAUCCACCUCAGAUGAUGCGGAAACGAGCAGCGGUACCAGUUCGCUCGAACUGGACAAAUCUACCGCCAGUAACUUUUGCACCCUGCCGAGACGUCCGAAAUCGUCCGCUCUGUGCUCGUUCCAUACGGUCGCGUUCGAGAAGGGCCCGGGCAAGAAGUCGCUCGGUUUCACUAUUGUCGGAGGCCGCGAUAGUCCACGGGGUGCGCUUGGCAUCUUCAUCAAGAGUAUCCUACCGACCGGCCAGGCAGCUGAGGACGGUCGAUUGCGGGCCGGUGAUGAGGUGCUCGCAGUAAAUGGGCAGGUUUGCCACGAUCUCACCCAUCUGGAGGCGGUGAAGCUGUUCAAGAGCAUCAAAACUGGUGAGAUUGUGCUGCAGCUGUGCCGGCGUAACAAAUCCACCCAUCGGUCGAUGGACAUCGAUGCGAAUGCGUGCUGAGCCGGG